GUGAAAAUCGUGAAAUUUACAAAUACAUCGCUUUAUCGACGUAAUAUUAGGCAGUAUAAAAUAAUAUUACAGUAUAAUACAUCAAGACGUAUUUGGUCCCGUGAUCUUGACGUCUCUAGGUCACAUGAUAAACAAUAUGGCUGCUUGCAUCGUCCUCAAAUUUACGUCCAAGCUGCAAUAAACUGCAUUUUACAUUGACAGAAAGCGUAAAUUAUAUUUUUGCCUCAUUUUAUGAAUAGUAGAAAUAGUAGAGGAAUAGUAGAUUAGGAUAAAAACAUGGCCUUAGCUUUUGUAGUUGGAGAUAAAUUCAGACGUAGGGUGUCGGAGUUAUUGGAGAAGGCCGACUCAGUUCUGCCUCAAGACCUGAAAGAAGAGCUGGAGAAGAGUUUGGAAAAAGAAAAACUAACAAACAUCCUGUCCUUCAAAACGGCGAGAAAACUGAAAAAAUACCUUCAGGAGAAAGGACAUCCUUUUUAUCUGCAUGAGUUACUGGAGGACAGCUCACUGCACCUACCUGAAGUUAUAAAACCUCCCAGGAACCCAGAACUAGUCGCACGUCUGGAAAAAAUCAAAGCCAAACUGGCCAAUGAGGAGUAUGAUAGAAUUACACGUAAUGUCAACACUCAGGAUAUCAACCGCAGUGGAACGCUGGUAGACUUUGGACGAGAAGUGCGAUCAGUCAAAGCAGUGGUCGUGACCAUAUUCAACUUCCUGGUGACGAUCGUGGCUGCGUUUGCAUGUUCGUACAUGGGCAGUCAGUAUCUGUUCACUGAGACGACGUCGCGAGUGAUAGCAGCUGUAAUCACUGCAUCAGUAGUCGGGCUUGCGGAGCUGUACGUCCUGGUUCGCACCAUGGAGGGAGAACUGGGUGAACCGUAGCUGCAGCUGUGGACCAGGGAAUGAGGGAAAAACCAGCAAACAGUAGCAGCAGAGAGAGUGUUAUUCUACCCAUGGACUACACUUUGAUUUGAAAGUAGACUCUGAAAUUUUUGUGGAAAUUGAGCAAGUGGAACUUACUAUUUACAUCUUUUGUUACUGACAUUUCUAAUUUAUUGCUCUUAUUGUUUUGUCUUUUUUCCUACAAAAUUCCACCAUCUUCUUUUUCUUUUCCCCUUGUUUUUUCUUGGCUGUAAACGGUGUUCAUUUUCCAAUCUGUACACAUAUUUGAUGUGUAUGUGUUUAUGUUUAAUUAAAUCAGCUGAUUACUUCCUAGUUAGUAUAACCUUUAUUUUACUUGCCUAUACUAGAGUUUUAGUUUAUAUUUAUUUUUUUAUGAGUAGGGACAAUGUACUUAACAUAGUUCAGGACUAGAGUGAAAUGUAAUGAAUUGUAUGAAUUGUACAACUACCAUUAAUUUUCAACCUCAACAAUAUUAAAAAUACAAUGAACUCAAUGAAAAUUGAAUUUAUAAUAUACAUGAAACUGCAACAAAGUACACACUCAAAUUAUCUUCUGCUGACCUCAGUUGUAAUUAGUGGUUGUUUGAGUUACACUUUUCUUUCUAUCAGCUUGAACCAGUCUGAUCAUUCUCCCCUCACCUCUAGCUUCAACAAGGCAUUUUUUCUUGGAGAACUGCUGCUCACUGGAUAUUUUCUCUUUUUCAUACCAGUCUCUGUAAAUCCGAGAGAUAGUUGUGUGUGUGAAAAUCCCACUAGAUCAGCAGUUUCUCAAAUACUCAAACCAGACUGUCUGGCACCAACAACCAUACCAUGUUUAGAUUAGAUCACCUUUCUUCUCCAUUAUGAUUCUCAGUUUGACCCUCAGCAGAUCAUCUUGACCAUGUAUACAUGACUAAAUGCAGUGAACUGCUUGCCCUGUGAUUGGCCUGUUGGAGAAUUGUAUCCAAGUGCAGGUGAACAGAUGUACUUAAUAAAGUGGCCAGUGAGUAUGUAGUGCAGCUCUUGUUUGUUCCGUCCUUAUCCUUUCUU